GAGGCGGCGGCGCCUGAACGUGGGGUGCGCGGCGGGAGAGGGGGCGACAGAGCCACCGCAGGGGGGGGCCCUCUCCCCGCCGCACCCCUCCAGGGCCACUGCCCCUGCCACCGACCACCGGUUAUUCCGGAGACGCGAGAGGAAACGAGGGAGGGCGGAAAAGGAGGAGGGAGGAAAGAGGAAAAAAAAAAGGGGGGGGGGAGCGUUUAAAUCCCUUCCCCCCGCUUCUCACCGCCUCCAUUCCUCCCUUCAUUCGACCUCCCCUCCGGAGCCGCUGAUUCAUUGGGAUCUUGUUGCAUUGCUGGUGUACGCCCCCCUUCAAGAAGAACUGCUCUUGCCCAUACCCGCCUCCCGGGAACAGCCAAAGAGGCGUGUGAAGUGAUAAAAAUUUAUGUUUUCAUCAAACCGGGCCAAGGAGAAUGGGGGUCCUACACCCAAAAGAAUGAAGACACGACAGAACAAAGACUCAAUGUCGAUGCGGAGUGGACGGAAGAAAGAGACUCCAGGGCCUCGAGAGGAGCUCAGGUCACGGGGUCGAGCUUCCCCUGGGGGCGUCAGCACCUCCAGCAGUGAUGGCAAGGCUGAGAAGUCCCGACAAACAGCAAAGAAAGGGCGGGUGGAGGAAUCCUGCACGCCCAAGGGCAGCAAGCAGGGUCGAACAGAAGAGAUCUCGGAGAGUGAAGGGGAGGACACCAACGCUCCCAAAAAAACCAAAACUGAGGAGUUGCCCUGCCCUCCAUCCCCAUCUGAUGUUGACAGCCUUGAUGGCCACAGCUUCAAUGAUGAGAUGAGCAGUGACCCACGGGACAUUGACCAAGAUAACAGGAGCACCUCACCUAGCGUGUACAGCCCUGGCAGCGUGGAGAAUGACUCCGACUCCUCUUCUGUGCUGUCUCAGGGGCCAUCUCACUCCUACCAUCAUCCUCCACUCUUUCCCCAGAGCCCACCGGUAGCUCCCCCUCCCGACAGCCUGGCCCGUCCACCUGAGCCUGGCUUUGGGCUCCCGGGUGAGGUGCACCCCCAGGGACCCCCUGCUGGGAGCUACCACUCCCAGCUGGAGGGCCAGGCCUCCCGAAUUUUCCAGGCUCAAACCCCACAGACACCUGCCUCCUCCUCUGCUGUUGCUGCCCCUUCUGCUGUCCCUUCUUCCUCCUCCUCUUCCUCCUCGUCUUCCUCCUCCUCCACCCACGCUCCUCUUUACCCUCCGUCCAAUGUAGUCCAAGUUGGGGCCAAAAUUUCCAGUGGGCUUGGGGGGCUCCCAGCAGCAGUGGGUCGUGAGCAGACCCUCAGCGCCAAGCACAAUCCGCCACCCACCACCCCCAUCUCACUGGCAUCAGUGGUCGGGGGCCCCCAACCUCAAAAGACACCCCCAGCCAACCCUUCAGCCGCCCCCCCAGCUUCAGCCCCUUCCUUUCCCCACGUCUCUGCCAAUUUGCCUCCGCCCCCGGCCCUGCGCCCACUGAACAAUGCGGUGGCUGCCUCCAGCUCCCCAGGGAUGGUGGGGCAGGCCCUGAGCAGCCACCUUCCUUCACCCCAUGGGAUGGGGCAGGACAAGGCAUCAGCCCUGGCCCCCUCCCGCUACCCCUAUGCCCCGCCACCUCUGCCUGCCUCCAGCUCCUCGGCCCAGUACCCCCAGCCUUCCCCAUCCCAGCCCCUGCCCAGUUACACUGCCUCCUAUGGCCACUCCUUCCCCCCACCCAGCGGCCUCUCUGUGUCCAGCCAGCCCCCUAAGUACACCCAGCCAUCCUUGCCCUCCCAGCCUGUCUGGAGCCAGGGGCCACCCCCAUACAGCCGCCCACUGGGUAACGCUGGUUCCCACCCUGCUGCUCCUUUUGCCAGCCAGACGCCCCAUCACCCGCAGCCACCCCAGCAGCACCACCACAGCCACGGGAGUGGUGGGGGGGUCUCCCCAGCAGCUGCAGCUCCAUCGCAGCCCAGUGGGGGUUACCCUCAUGGCCUGGAGUCAAACAGCCAUCACCCUUCCCAUGCCAGCUAUGGGCUGCGCCUCUACCCUCCCCACAGCCAGGCCGCUUACAGCCAGGCUCCGUCAUCUGCUGCUGCAGCUCCCUCCUCUUCCUCCACUUCUUCCUCCUCCUCCUCCUCCUCCUCCUCUUCCUUGUCUUCUUCCUCAUCCUCCUCUGCUGCUUCUUCCCAGGGAAAUUACCCUGGCAUGUGCGCUCACCCCCCUGGGCAGAGUCCUGCCACCUACACCUUCCCCCCACCACCACCCCCAUCCCCUGCCCAUGGGGCUGGCCCUCCAGUCACCUCAGCUGCCACCACCCUCUCUACUGUCAUCGCCACCAUGGCCUCCCCAUCUGCAGCCCCCUACAAGACGGUCUCACCCCCAGUACCCCCCUCAGCUGUGGCCCCCUAUGGGAAGCGGCCAGCCUCCCCCAUCCCCACCUUCCAGCCCCCGGCCCCUUAUAAGCCAGGCUCGCCCCCUGCUUCUUCAGCUGCCCCUUUCCGGGCAACCACGCCUCCUGGCUACCGGGUGGCUUCGUCCCCUGUGGCAGGGGGCUACAAAGCCCCCUCACCCGCCCCUUCUGCCCCACCACCCCUGCCAGGGAGCGUGACCACCCCAGCCCCCCCACCGCCCCCACUUCCCCUCAGUGCUGCGCAGAUCAAGCAGGAGCCAUCAGAAGAGUAUGACCCCCCCGAGAGCCCUGUGCCACCUGCUCGCAGCCCUUCACCACCCCCCAAGGUGGUGGAUGUACCAAGCCAUGCCAGCCAGUCAGCCAGAUUCAACAAACAUCUAGACCGUGGCUUCAACUCCUGUUCCCGCACAGACCUGUACUUUGUACCCCUUGAUGGCUCCAAGCUGGCUAAGAAAAGGGCAGACUUGGUGGAGAAAGUGCGGCGAGAAGCUGAGCAGAAGGCACGGGAAGAGAAGGAGCGGGAACGGGAACGAGAGCGGGAGAAGGAGCGGGAGAAGGAGAGGGAGCUGGAGAGGAGUGUGAAGAUGGCCCAGGAGGGCCGGCCGGUUGAGUGCUCAUCCCUCGGGCCAGUUCCCCACCGCCCCUCCUUCGAGCAGGGCAGUGCUGUAGCAACUGUUCCCCCGUACCUGGGCCCUGACACCCCAGCUCUGCGCACCCUCAGCGAAUAUGCACGGCCCCACGUUAUGUCCCCCAGCAACCGCAACCACCCUUUCUAUGUGCCACUGGGUGCGGUCGACCCAGGUUUGCUGGGGUACAAUGUGCCGGCCAUCUACAGCAGUGAUCCAGCGACACGGGAGCGAGAGCUGAGAGAGCGGGAGGCCCGCGAACGAGACCUGAGGGACCGGGACCUGCGUGAACGUCUCAAGCCUGGCUUUGAAGUCAAGCCUGCCGAGUUGGAGCAGCUCCACGCCGUGCCAGCUGCUGCUAUGGAUCCAUUCCCACGCCAUGGCGGGCUGAGUUUGCAGACAGCCCCCGGCCUUCAUCCCGCUUUUCCCUUCCACCCAGGGCUGGGCCACUUGGAGAGGGAGAGGCUAGCGCUGGCAGCCGGCCCGACCCUUCGUCCUGACAUGUCCUAUGCUGAGCGCUUGGCAGCUGAGCGCCAGCAUGCUGAGCGGGUGGCUGCUCUCAGCAAUGACCCUCUGGCCCGGCUGCAGAUGCUCAAUGUGACACCUCAUCAUCAUCAGCAUUCCCACAUCCACUCCCACCUCCAUCUCCACCAGCAGGAUGCCAUACAUGCAGCCUCAGCCUCUGUUCACCCUCUUAUCGACCCACUUGCCUCGGGAUCACACCUCACCCGGAUACCAUACCCAGCUGGAACCAUUCCUAACCCCCUCCUGCCUCACCCUCUGCACGAGAAUGAAGUGCUGCGCCACCAGCUUUUUGCUGCACCCUACAGAGACCUGCCGGGCUCUCUCUCUGCACCCAUGUCAGCAGCACAUCAGCUCCAGGCCAUGCAUGCACAGUCAGCUGAGCUGCAGCGCCUGGCUCUGGAACAGCAGCAAUGGCUUCAUGCCCAUCACCCUCUGCAUGGUGUGCCGCUCCCCACGCAGGAGGACUACUACAGUCACCUUGUUUCUCUUCUGUAUCCUAGCCACCUGAAGAAAGAAAGUGACAAACCCCUUUAAAUUGACUUCUAGUGUCAAUGUGACAUCAUCAUGUCUUUCUCUCAAGAGGAGCAAUCAAUCAACCAAAUCCUGGAGGAGGGGAAGCUGCAGAGUGACACAUCCUGAUCCCACCAUGCAAUAGAGUGUGAGAGACGACAGGACAAAAAGUACAGGAUGGCAUCUUGAGAGCAGAAAGUGGAAGACAGAAAAGAGAGGGAGGACUGACACACCACUAAUGAACAUGAAAUGAUCGGUACGUGAUUUCAGCAGAACUCUGAAGAAAACAAUCAGCAUUGCACAGAGCUCAAAAAGACGAAGACUGAUGUGAAUUCAGAAUGGCAGAAGCUCCAUCCUUUGUUUGGGGGGACAGUUGCAUUAAAUAAAAAGAGCAGACCAUUACAGGACUUCACAUACACGAUGCUGCUACCUUUUCUGCUUCUGCGAGGAGGAGGUGCAGCCAAGAAGUAACUCAAAACCCAACAGAGCCUUUUUUUCAAGAUGUCUCUUCACACCCAACCCCCCUUUAGGUGUAAGUUACUGCUUUAGCAAUACGGAAGAGCAACAUGGAACUUAUUUCAGUUUAGCUAGAGCGGCUUCCCACUCUCCAGCAUCCCUUCAGAUGCAAACGAAGCAUUACAGGACCCCUUCCAAAGCGGCUGCUCCUGCCUGCAGAGGGACCGGUCCCAGCCAUCGGGGUGCUAAGCACCACAAGACUUUUUGCAAGGUGGUGGUUGUGCUUCCCCACUGCUGACAGGAACGGGCAUGGCCACGAGGUGCAAAGCACCAGGAGACUGUUUUCAAAGCUGCCGUCGCCACCACGACCCCUUUGAGCCCGGUGGGGAGAGCUGACAUGGCCAAGUGUACGGUAUCCUGAGAUUUGUCUUUGAGAUGGUGGCUGCCCUUUACCCUCACCCUUUCGAAUUGAUGUACUUUAACUCAUGCACAUCCUAUUAGACGUGGCAGUUUUAUGUAGCAACUUGUGACUCCCUUCCCCCUGACCCCCCACGUGCGUGUCUGAUUUCACAGUUGUAUUUCUUGAUUGGUCCCCAUAUAUAUAUAUUUACUUAACCAUUAAAAGGAAAAGAAAACCAACAA